CCGACGGUCUCCAGGCGGGAGUGAGGAGGAGGAGGAGGAGGGAAGCUCCUGCUCUGCUACAUGGAGGGAGAGGCAAGUGUUCCCCCUUCCCCUGCUCCAGCUGAGGGCUUUCUGAAGGGACUGCACUUAGGAGGCAAGCUGCACACAGAAAGAUUUCAGACAGAGCUGAAGCAGUGGGAAAAUGAGUGUUCUUCUCAUUGAGGCUUUUUAUGGCGGUUCCCACAAACAGCUGAUGGAUCUUCUUCAAGAAGAGCUGAAAGAAGAAUGUGUCAUCUGUACACUCCCUGCCAAGAAGUGGCAUUGGAAAGCACGGACUGCUGCUCUUUACUUCAUGCAAACAGUGCCAGCAAGUGCUGAUUACAGGAUCCUCUUUGCAAGCUCUGUGCUUAACCUGGCUGAACUCGCUGCCCUGCGCCCUGACCUGGGCAAAUUGAAAAAGGUCCUCUACUUCCAUGAGAACCAAUUGGCGUAUCCUGUCCAGAAGUGCAAGGAAAGGGACUUCCAGUAUGGAUACAACCAGAUUCUUUCAUGUUUGGUUGCUGAUAUUGUGGUGUUCAACUCUGCUUUUAAUAUGGAAUCAUUUCUUACAUCCAUUGGAAAAUUUAUGAAGCUGAUUCCUGACCACAGACCUAAGGAUUUGGAAAAAAUAAUCAGACCGAAGUGCCAAGUUCUUUAUUUUCCAGUCAGGUUUCCUGAUGUGAGCAGGUUCAUGCCAGAACAUAAGCUUGCCCAUUUGGAAAACAUAAUUGGUGUUAAAAGAAAUGGAGAUUCUUAUCAACACGAGGGCCUGCCUGGGCAGCAGAAGAGCAGAGCUUUGGGAGGUUUAAUGAAAAACAGCAACGCGUGUCGUGAGUCUGGACUUUGUGAAGCACAGCCUGGACUUUGUACCACACAGCAUGAGGAACUGCAUUCCCCAUUAACAGCAGCAGAGAAAUUGAACAAGUCUGAAGCAACAGAAAGUACAAAUCCUUGUCAAGAAGAAGAUAAGCAACAUGUGACUUUUAACCUCUGUAAUAUCUGGAGUGGAAUGGACUAUCAGCAGAGACCUUUACAUGUUGCCUGGCCUCACAGGUGGGAACAUGACAAAGAUCCUGAAACUUUCUUUAAAGUGCUGCUGAAACUGAAGGAGCAGGAGCUACCUUUUCACGUGUCCGUCCUUGGGGAGACUUUCACUGAUGUUCCAGAUAUAUUUGCAGAGGCCAAAAAAGCAUUGGGAUCUUCUGUCUUGCACUGGGGGUACUUACCCAGCAAAGAUGACUAUUUCCAAGCACUGUGCAUGGCCGAUGUUGUCAUCUCAACAGCUAAACACGAAUUCUUUGGAGUGGCAAUGGUGGAAGCAGUGCAUUGCGGCUGUUACCCGUUGUGUCCCAAGGCCUUGGUGUACCCGGAGAUCUUCCCAGCUGAAUAUCUGUAUUCUACACCUGAACAGCUUUUUAAAAGGCUUCAGAAUUUCUGCAAGAGACCUGAUAUUGUAAGGAAACAUCUCUAUAAGGGCGAGAUGGCUGGCUUUUCCUGGGCAGCGCUCCGUGGUAAAUUCAGGUCUCUGCUCGCAGCAGAACCGAAAGAAGAUUUGUGACAGAUGGGGCUAAGUCACAAACUUGCAGCCUCAGGCAGAAUUGUGGAAGUUUCCAGAGUGUGCCCAUAUUUACCUGAUCAGAGAGAAAAGAAAAUCUGCAGAGGAAGCCGAGCCUGGCUGCUUGUCAUAGCUGACACAGAGCCAUCUGCCACAAACCUGUGGCGGCUUCAGAUCUCCAAUCCCUGCCACCACCCCAGCUCAAAUUAAAUACAGAUUCUUAGAGACGUUAUGAUGGUUACACAUGUCCUCGGCAUCACAUGCAGGAGACUGUUCAAAAAAAAUAUGUGGCCUGUUGUAUAACCGCACUCAUGUAUCCCAUAUGUGGUGCCACAUUGAAUUUCCGGUUGAAUCUGUUUUUAUCCUUUGUACUGGAUGACAUGGUGCCUGAAUUCUUUCUUUUCGCCGACACGAUGGCAGCCAAGCUGCAGCUUCAAACGCUCACACUUGGCUGGGUUUCUACCUAGGUUGCCAGGUUAUCAUUGGAGCCUUAUUGUGUCCUCAAAGGGCCACAGGGCCUGAAAGGAGGAUCCGAGUGCUACCGGACUAAUUGGGCAGCCAUCUCAGAAUUGUUUGUAGGCAAAGGGCUGCUUUAGCACUUUUCUUUUUGCAAAUUAAUGACUCUCUGGCACAGGGGUUUUUAAGUGAAGGUAUUAAUAAGGGGUCUGGCAGGUAAUCCCAUGAUUCGCGGAGUUACAUUUGCAUUUAAUUAAUCUUAAAGAAAGCUGAAAGAUAAACAGCUGUAAUUCAAACUAGCAUGGGAAAUAUGCUACGUGGUGCCAUCUAUCCGAUAAAAUGAAAGCUGAGACACUUGUUUUAUUUCUCUCAAGGAUGGAGAACAAACAGAUAACAGCCAAAGUACUUCCAAUAAAAAGUAGUAGUUGGAAUGUAACGGCCGUUCAUCAAGCAUCUUUGCAUCCCGUUACGAAUACAGUCUUUUAAAGAUAAAUCACUUAUGAUUCCAGCAGUCAAGCUUCUAUAUUUGUUGAUGUAAAAUGUUUUGAAGAUGGAGAUUGUACAAUAAAUUUUUAAUAAAGUGCCCACUGCAAUUUUUAA